UCAGGCCAUAAGAAUAGCAUCAGCUCUUGGAUUUCACCACAUUCAGACAGACUGACGUGAACAGCACCGUCUGGAAGAUAAUCAUGCAGACCUUCACCUUACUGGCUCUCCUGCUCUCUGCUUCAGUCGUACUAGUGCACGGCUCUUAUCUUCCAUUGCCUGCUUGCCAGGUUCACGGUAAAACCUAUGUGGAUGGGGAGAGAUGGGAGCCGGACCUGUGCACAUUUUGUGUGUGUUACAAUGGUGGCACGCUCUGCGGUGGCCAUAUGUGCGACUCUACCAACCACUGUCCAGAUGCAUUCGUCCCAGAGGGUGAAUGCUGCGCUGUGUGCCCUUCUUCUGGAGAACGGCAUGGUCCAAAGGGUCAAAGUGGUCAAAUGGUUCCAGCUAUGGCGAUUCUUCCCAGACCAUGGAAUGGCAUUCCUUCGCCAUGAGUAUGUGGUGCAUGGGUCCAAUGGGUCUAGGGAUUGUAAGUGUU